UUUAAAUUGGAAAGAAUCGAAGACGUCUUGCUUUGGUAGCCGUUAGCAUUAUGCUAUCCAUGUGGCGAUGACAAAGUACCAACUCGCAGAUAGACGAGUCGUCGGUGCCACUCGUUUAGCUAAUACUUAUCAUACUGGCCAAACGACAUAUAUUAAUCCGCAUUGUCUUUGUUGAUUUUAGCACAAAAAGGACAAUCUUUCAGUUACUUCCGUGUACAUAAAAAGGCUAACCGUUAAGACCCACCUUCGUAAUUUUGAUUGGCUCUCGAAACUCAAGUAAAACCCUUUCUUAUUUGUGAUUGGACGGCUAACGACGUGUCUUUUGAGUGACAUAUAGCCAUCCAUGGUAGCCACAAACGGUAGGAUACGUAAGGACGUAUGCGGCUCACGAUAUAUGUUAGUGGAGAGGAAUCGGCAGUAUAGACCGAACAUAAGUGUACUCCCUGGUAGGAGACACGUUUUGAAGGAGAAGAGGGCCUGAACUGUAAUUAAACAUUUAGGGAUACUCCAUAUGGAUUCUUCAUGUUGAUUCCUGCUUUUCCCAAGCUGAGUAGAGCAGUGGUGCGUGUGAGGAGACUGACGGCCCAACUCUGCCAAGCAACCAUGUCCACAAACCACCAGGGCUCCACUCCGUCCUCUGCAGCCAACGGGGAUGCUCCCACUGCAGCCGUUCUCAUCAUUGGAGAUGAGAUACUCAAGGGUCACACAGUGGACACCAACAGUGGUUUUCUGAUACGAGCACUAAGGAAGCUUGGAGUGUCUGUGCAGCGCAUAACAGUCAUACCAGAUAAACAGGAGGUCAUUGCGAAAGAGGUGGCCCUCCUUUCCCCUCAGUAUACACACCUCAUCACCUCAGGGGGCAUAGGCCCUACCCAUGAUGAUGUCACCUUGGAGAGCGUUGCCAUGGCGUUCCAAGAGGAGUUACAUCCCCACCCUGAGCUCGUCAAGCUGGUUGAGGAAUUAUUUGGGGUGGGGGAUAGGAAGAGUGCUGCUAUGAAGCUGGCGAUGGUGCCUCGCUCAGCUAAACUCAACUAUGGAACUGACCCUCAGACUGGACAACCGCACCGCUACCCAGUGGUCAGUGUGCGUAAUGUGUAUAUCUUUCCUGGCGUCCCGGCUCUGAUGGAGAGGGCCUUCAGUGGGCUGGAGCAUCUCUUUGCUGGUUCAGGGACCACUUUUCACUCUCGUGAGGUCUUUGUGGAUGCAGAUGAAACAGAGAUCGCCCUCGUGCUGACCAAACUGCAGGCAGGUUGGGGCCAAAAGGUGGCUCUGGGCUCCUACCCAGACUGGUUGAGCAACUAUUACAGAGUCAGGCUGGUUCUGGACUCAGAUAGCCAGGAGGAGGUGGACAAAGCCCGGGCACAGCUGCUAGACGAGCUGCCCAAGGGUAGCGUGGUGGUGCCCUUAGUCCCUGACCCAGUGUCCAUCGCCACAGCUGAGGUGUACACACUGGCUAACAGCGGCACACCGUUGGGUGACAAAGUUAUGUCUGCGCUGAAAACGAUAGAGGCUGCACUGGAUCAGUAUUCGACAGAGGAAAUCUGUGUUGGCUUCAAUGGAGGCAAAGACUGCACAGCACUGCUCCAUCUCUACUACGCGGCACUGAAACGGCGGUAUCCAGAUGGUAAAGACAAGGUGAAAGCUCUGUAUAUCCGUAUUGUCUCUCCAUUCCCAGAAAUGGAAAGAUUCCUUCAGGACACUAUAAAAAGAUAUGACUUGGAGAUAUUCUCCGUGGAGGGCAGUAUACGGCAGGCGCUGAGCGAGGUGCAGGAGAAGAGACCGGAGCUGAAAGCCGUCCUGAUGGGGACCAGGAGGAGUGACCCCUACUCACACACACUCACGCCCAUGUGUACCACUGACCCCGGCUGGCCAGACUACAUGAGAGUCAACCCGUUACUAGACUGGACGUAUCAUGACAUCUGGUCACUCUUGAGGACGUUAUAUGUGCCCUACUGUAUUCUCUAUGAUAAAGGGUACACUUCACUUGGCAGUAUGGACAACACCUGUCGAAACGCAUCCCUCAAGUUUGUGGACGAGAGGGGGGUGACGCGAUACAGGCCAGCCUACCUACUGGAGAAUGAAGAAGAGGAACGAAACUCCCGGGCCUGAUGUAGUCUUGCUUCACACCAUAUCACCUGUUGCUGAUGGAGCCAGAUUUUCAGAUCUCAGAUCAUCACCUGCACACACGUAACUCUGCGAACAUAACACUGACAUUUUUAUUGAGUCUUCAUGUGAAUAUUUGCAGAAUGAGUUGUGAUGGAAGUCUCCUCUUGUGUGUGUGUGUGUGUGUGUGCUAUUUUUUCAUACAUGUGAGUUUCACUCUAAAGUAAUGGCUCUCUGUGCUGUUGAAUAAAACAUCGAUCUGUGUCAUCUUU